AUGACUAUAGGGCCGUCUGCAGCGGGCAAUUCUCCUCCUCCUCCUCCUCCUCCUCCUCCUCCUCCUCCUCCUCCUCCAACCGCCCCGAGCAGCAUGACGGGCCUUGUCCUGGUGUUGGCACUCGCCACAUUGGCGAGUGGCCAGUACCGGCCCAAGUUCCCGAGCCCGUACCUACAAAAGGAGAUAUUCGUGUUGAACCUGGAAGACGGCUUCUUCGGCUGCCAAGUGAACGAGUCCACGGAAGUGCUACAGCUUUUCGAGCUGUCGCAGCUGUGCGAUGGCGUGCCCCAGUGUUUCCAGGGCUCGGACGAACUGGCCAGGGACCUCAAGUGCACAGACAGGAAUCACUGCCAUCCCAAGAUGCCCCGGUGUACGAAUGGCGCCUGCUUGGACAACCUGUGCUACUGUAACGAUGGCUACGGAGGCAAGGGCUGCGAAAUGCCAGACGAGAACGAGUGCAAGUACAGGCCGUGCGACGUGUUCUCCCACUGCACCAACACCAUGGGCAGCUUCUACUGUUCCUGUUUUCCCGGCUACGAGGGAGACGGCUUCGACUGCCACGACAUCAACGAGUGCGAGAUCCCUGCGCUGGCCGCCCUGUGUGUGGAGAACGCCGAGUGCUGCAACCUGCCGGGACACUACGUCUGCAAGUGCCAGCGAGGUUUCACCGGCAACGCCACCGUGGCCUGCAACGACAUCGACGAAUGCCAAGACCCCAACGCGUGCGGCCUGCACGCCCAAUGCAUCAACGUGCCCGGCAGCUACAAGUGCGUCUGCCCCGACGGAUUCACCGGGGACCCCACGAUCGAGUGUCACGACGUCGACGAGUGCCGAAACGACCCGUGCGGGGCCAACUCGGUGUGCCACAACCUGCCGGGCGGCUUCGAGUGCGAGUGCCGGCCGGGAUACAAGCCGCUGCCCGGCCGCGCCCACCACGGCUGCGUGGACGUGGACGAGUGCCUGGACCCGCACUUCCCGUGCGGCGCGCGGGCCACCUGCGUCAACGCGCCCGGCAGCUACUACUGCCAGUGCCCGCCCGGCUUCACCGGAAACCCCAAGAUCGCCUGCCAGGACAUCAACGAGUGCCCGCACGCGUGCGGUGCCAACACCGACUGCACCAACACGGAGGGCAGCUACUUCUGUCGCUGCAAGCUGGGAUACAUCGGCGAGGCACAACUGUCGGCUGGAUGCCACGACCUGGACGAGUGCUCCAGGCCAACCGCUUGCGGCCUGAACGCGGUAUGCCUGAACGACGUGGGCUCGUACCACUGCGCCUGCAAGGAGGGCUACUCUGGGGACCCAAGGAUUCAGUGCCUCGACGUGGACGAGUGUGCCCAGAAUCCCUGCGCCAUCGGAAGCCUGUGCUACAACAGUCCCGGGAGCUACCGAUGCGAGUGCCCCAAGGGUUACACCGGCAACGCCUACCAGUCGUGCGAGAGGGAUAUCGUUGGCGUGGAGUGCACGACGCACCACGACUGCACGGACAACGCCGAGUGCGUCAACAACUUCUGCCAGUGCAAAAAGGGAUACCAGGUGUCGCCCAACCAGAAGGAGUGCAUCGAUCGAAACGAGUGCCUGUCCCGUGGUACUUGCGGUCGCAACGCGGCCUGCGUGAACACCGAGGGUGGAUUCCUGUGUCAGUGCAAGCCCGGAUACGAGAAGAUACACGCAUCGCCGCAGAGCCGCUGCCGAGAUGUCAACGAGUGUGUGACCAACCCGUGCGGCAAGAACGCCAAGUGUGCUAACACGGACGGCAGCUACCGCUGCUACUGCCCCGAACACCUCAUCGGCAACCCCAAGGAGGCGUGCGUCUCGCCCUGCGACAUGGUUGAGUGCGGUCGCCACGCCACCUGCCAGGCCAACGGCAAGGAGGCUGCCUGCGUCUGCGAAGUCGGCUUCACCUUCAACCCAUCCAACAUCCGCGCCGGAUGCAUAGACGUGGACGAGUGCAGCGUCCACCAGGGCCCUUCGGGUCUGUGCGGCCAAGGCGCGCUGUGCAGCAACACCCCGGGCAGCUACCGGUGCUCGUGCCCGCCGGGAUUCACGGGCGACCCGUUCCGCUUCUGCGAGGACGUCAACGAGUGCGACAGACUGCUCGGGCCCAGCGGGCUCUGCGGGCAGGGCGCGCUGUGCGCGAACACCCUGGGAAGCUUCACCUGCUCCUGCCCUCCGGGUUACUCCGGCAACGGACGCGUGCGCUGUCACGAUAUCAACGAGUGCGCCCAGACGUUUGGACCGAACGGCAAGUGCGGAAUAUCGGCUGUCUGCACGAACACGCCCGGGAGCUACCACUGCAGGUGCCCACCAGGAACGUCGGGAGACCCGACUGUCCGUUGUAUUCAAGUUGUCCAGUGCGAUCGAGACGAUGCCUGCCCCAACCACGCCGUCUGCAGGGACCACCAGUGCUACUGUCCGUCACCCAACUUCGGAAAUGAGUGCCGACAUCCCUGCGAAGACAUCUUCUGCGGCGCACACGCGAAAUGCCAGCUCAACCAUGCAGGCGAGCCGAUUUGCGUCUGUGCUCACGGUUUCACCGGUCAAAGCAACAGCCUUCCCGGUUGUGUUGAUGUCGAUGAAUGUGCUGGAACCCAACCUUGUGGCCAGGGCGCCCUCUGUCGCAAUCUGCCUGGAAGUUUCGAGUGUGUGUGCCCGCAUGGAUUCGAAGGUGACCCCUUCAGAGGGUGUUUGGCGAAAGAACAACAAGUCAUCCACGGUUGCUCGACUGCCCGUCCAUGCCCUCCACACGAGGAGUGUAUAUCGGUGGAUGGACGUAGCCAGUGUGUGUGUCGGCGAGGCUUCACGUAUGACACGUCGAUUGCUAGAUGCAGGGAUAUCAACGAAUGCUCGGAGUUCAGAGCCAGCUCCCCUUGUGGCCUGAGCGCCUUCUGCAUGAACCUGGAGGGCAGCUACCUGUGCCAGUGCCCACGCGGUAACGUCGGCGACCCAUACACCUCCUGCUACCCAGAGCAGAUCGAUUGUCAGAAAGACAGUCAGUGUCCUGGAAACACCAUCUGCAUCAAGGACCGUUACCAGAAGGGAGUCUGCGGCUGCAAGCAUCCCUUUGUUCAGGAGGGAGAGUACUGCAUCAUGGUCAGUCGAAACUGCUCGACCACAAACCCUUGCCCCGAGAACCAGGAGUGCAUUUUCACUGGCCCGAGCUACGGCUUCUGUAUCUGCCCGAAGGGAUUCACUUUAGAAGCCACUGGGUUCUGCCGAAAUAUCAACGAAUGCGAAGAGAUCAGCGAGUACUCGCCAUGUGGUGCCAACGCCCAGUGCCGCGAUGCGGUGGGAACGUACCAGUGUCUUUGUGCACCAGGAUAUACUGGAAAUCCUCGACAAGGCUGUUCACCCAUUCGAAUUCGCUGUCGGAACGACCCAGACUGCCCGUCAAACGAAAACUGUGUUCGUGGACAGUGUCAGUGUCUUCCCCCGUACAUACUGGAAGGCGACUCUUGCAAAGAUCCUUGUGCUUGGAUCCAGUGUGGCCAGUAUGCGACAUGUGCCAUCACGCCGGCAGGACCUCAGUGCCAGUGUAACCCUGGUUGCACUGGUAACCCGCAAACUGGCUGCUGGGAUGUGAACGAAUGUACGUCAAACCUUCCAAUUGACCCGAACGGCCCAUGCGGAGUUGGAGCCAUCUGCAUCAACUUCAUCGGUGGAUUCCAGUGCGAGUGUCCACCGGGAACCACAGGCGACCCGUUUGGAGUUGGAUGCCAAGGAUCCGCUGCGUGCAGGUCGGACGACCAGUGUCCUCGCAACGCUGUCUGCGAAGCAAAAGGCGCCACUUGCUAUGAUCCUUGUGUGACAUCCGAGUGCGGUCCAAACGCUUACUGCGAACCGAAGGACCACAAACCAACAUGUUGGUGCCGGCCCGGCUACGAAGGUGAUCCCUACGACCUUGAGAAGGGUUGCCAAUCACCAUGCUCCAAGGUCUGGUGCGGCACGAACGCACACUGCAUCGUCAACUCGAGAAACGAAGGCGUCUGCAAAUGUUUCGAAGGCUUCCGCGGAAACCCCUGGGAGGGAGGAGAAUGCUCACCCGAGUCGCACUGUUCAGAAUCCAGGCCUUGCGCCAAAGGACAGGAAUGUGCUGCUGGCUACUGCAUAGAUCGAUGCAAGAACAUUCAGUGCGGCAUUGGAGCACGCUGUGACGAACAGACUGGUACCUGCGUCUGCCUGCCGUACUUCCUGGGCAACUCGGAGGUCAUGUGCGUUCCACCUGUACUGCCACCUACGUGCAAUCCGGGAUGCGGAGCUGGGGCACACUGUAUGUACGCUGUGCACAACAAGUGCGUCUGCAACCCUGGACUCUACGGAAAUCCAUACACGGGCUGCACUCACGACAAGCCGCGCUGCACUGCCACCACUUGCGGAAGCAAUGCCCACUGCAUUGAAACGGGUGACAAAGUGGAAUGCCGCUGUCCAGCGGGAUUACAGGGAAAUCCAUUCACUCGGUGUGAUGACAUUGAUGAAUGCCUUGGUACUGGCAGCGUCUGUGGCACCGACGCUAGUUGCCUCAACACCUUUGGCAGUUUCAAGUGCAUCUGUCCAGACGGAAUGAUCGGAAAUCCACUGUUCGCCUGCACUCCUCGGGGACCGGAUACGGUGAUACCAGGAGGAGGUGGCGGUGACGUACCUCCACCACCAGUGCUGCCGCCCGUCCCGGUCACGACCUUCACUCCUCCCAUUCCACCCGUUGUCUGCAACACGGAUCACGACUGUGGGCCUCUCAGUGUUUGUGUGCCUGGAAUCGACAACCGCCGACAUUGCAUCCGUCCCUGCGAAGACAGAGUUUGCGGGCCAAACGCAGCUUGUACAGUGGAGAAUAGGGUUGGCGUCUGCCAGUGCAUACAAGGAUUCCAAGGCGACCCUGGUGACUUGGAGACUGGCUGCACACCACCAAGAGCUGGAACCGUCUGUGAAACGGACGAUGCUUGCAAUCCUAAUGCUGCUUGCGUGGUCAGCCAAGACAACACCCGCAAAUGCCAAGAUGUCUGCGUCAACACUCAGUGUGGUCCAAACGCUGUUUGCCACGCCAUUAGCCACAGAGCAAACUGCAUUUGCAAGGAUUCCUACUACGGUGACCCCAACGAUCUUAUUCGUGGCUGCACAACCAAACCACAACACGAGUGCUUGGAAAACAAAGACUGUGGCGAACGUUUUGAGUGCAAACUUGGCACCAAGGGAGUUAAGCAGUGCCGAGAUGUCUGCGAAGACAAGACCUGUGGCAAGAAUGCUGUCUGCUUGGGAGAACAUCACAAAGCCAUCUGUGAAUGUCUGCCAGGCUUCAUUUACGACGGCACAGGCUGCCAGGUGCCCGACGAUUGCGCGGUUGACCAAGACUGCCUUGAGCAUGAGGCCUGUCGCCACCAGGCUGGAGGAAACAAGUGUGUCGACGUCUGCCUGCGACACGCUUGCGGUCCGAAUGCAAGGUGUGUGGGACAGAAGCAUGUCCCAACGUGCUUCUGCCGCGAGUCCUUCUUGGGCAACCCGAACGACCGCAUCAGGGGUUGUCAGCCGCUACUCGACGUCUGCAUCCAGGAUGCUGACUGUGCGGAGAGCGACCGCUGCCUACCCGACUCGAGAGGCAUCAAGAACUGCACCAGAACCUGCAUCAAGACUCGCUGUGGCCCCAAUGCACAUUGCAUUGGCAGGCUUCACAGGCCUGUCUGCGAAUGUCGGGAAGGUUACAAUGGUAAUCCCGGCGAUGUUGCGCAAGGCUGCACACCCAUAGCUCGUGACCGUUGCCACAGCAACCAUGACUGCAAGGGAUAUGAGGUUUGCAAGAUUACUCCAGUGGGAAUCAAGGACUGCAUUGAACUUUGCCUCGACUAUGAAUGUGGACCGAAUGCAAACUGUAUUGCCAUGGACCACCUGGCAGCUUGCGAAUGCCUCCCGGGAUUCGCAGGAAAUCCCCAUGACCUGCGAAGAGGAUGCAUGCGACACUUGUGUGAGCAGGACCACGACUGUUCCGACUCUGCCGUAUGUUUGUUGACUCGAGUUGGCAUCAGGAACUGCACCGAUCCGUGCUGGGACAGACGCUGUGGUCCCAAUGCUGACUGCAUCACAGUGCACCACAAGGCCACUUGUGAAUGCAGGCCUGGGUACGAAGGACUCGCUGAUGACAUUCGAGAGGGCUGCACUCCUACUCCGAAGUGCCGAACGAGCAGUGACUGCAGGGAUGACGAGAUUUGUGCCGUUGACCGCAACGGCAUCAAGAGUUGUCUUCCAGGUUGCACUACCACCUUGUGUGGACAAAACAGUGUCUGCCGGACAGAGAAUCACAUAACUAUCUGCCAGUGCCGCGAGAACUUUGUUGGAGACCCGUACAAUCGUGAGACUGGGUGCUACGUUCAACCUGAACGAUGUUACAGGGACAACGAUUGCCCUUCUAUUGCUGUCUGCAAGAGGGUAUUUGAUGGCAAGAAUGAUUGUUACGAUGCCUGUGAAGGCCAUAGUUGUGCUCAGGGAGCUGUUUGCCAGGCGGUUAAUCACAGGCCAACUUGCGUUUGCAAGCCUGGCCUCGUUGGAGACCCCCUGGCGGAUGGUUGCCACAUUCCGGACGAAUGCCAGAUUGAUGAGGACUGCAGAGAGGAUCUCAUUUGCCGACCUGACACAACAGGCCUGAGAAAAUGUGUUUCUGUGUGUGUCUACGAAAAGUGUGCACCAAAUGCUUACUGUACAGGUGUGCGUCACAAGGCUCAGUGCAUCUGCCCCCCUGGUACACAGGGGGAUCCUUACAAUCCUCACAUAGCUUGCUUGCCAACUCAGCCUGUUGCCGAAGGUUGUACCUCUGACGAUGAAUGCGCCUCUCACGAGGUGUGCAUUCAUGGUGACAAGUGCACCGAUGCUUGUGAAAGAAAACAGUGCGGCCCCAAUGCAGUUUGCCGUGUGCACAACCACCGGCCAUCUUGCCACUGUCUGCAAGACUAUAAGGGUGACCCUGACAACCCAAUAAACGGAUGCCGGCCAAAGGACGAGUGCCAGAUUGACGAAGACUGCAAAAGGCUGACUGAUGUCUGUCGAACUGACAACACAGGCAGCAAGAGGUGCUUUGACGCUUGCCAAUUCAACAAGUGCGGGCCUAACAGCGUCUGCGUUCCAAGGCAGCACUCAUACGAAUGCCAAUGUCGGCACGGCUUUGUUAGGGAUCAAGAGAAUGUGCUUGGCUGUAUUGAGCGAGAGCACGACGAAUGUCGCAACCACACUGGCUGCCCCACUACUUCCGCCUGCAUUCCUAACACCAUUGGUGUGAUGAAGUGCGCUGAAGUUUGCAUCAGUUUCAGCUGCACACCCGAUGCAGACUGCAUUGCAUUCAACCACAGGGGCCGUUGCACGUGCCGAGAAGGCUAUACCGGAGAUCCCAACAGCAGGGGAGGGUGCCAGAAGAUUCCAGAACCAGAGUGCAUUAACCACGCUGACUGCCCCCACCCCAAUGAGGUUUGCCAGUUUGAUGAAGCCUAUGGCGAGCGCAGAUGUCAAGAUGGCUGCAAGUUCCUAAAGUGUGCCCCUCGUGCGGUGUGCGUCGUCGACAACCACCUACCCAAAUGCACAUGUCCAAACGGACUCUACAUUGGCGACCCUUACGACCAGCGUGAAGGGUGCAAACAGGUGGAGUGCCUCAAAGACGAAGAUUGCCACAUCACCAAAGCCUGUUUUCCAAACUUUUACUGCGAAGACCCUUGCGUAGAUGGCUGUGGAGUCAACGCCGGCUGUGUGGCUCAGAACCACCAGCGUAUUUGUCACUGUCGUCCUGGCUACACUGGCGAUGCCUUGGUUCGAUGUGAGGAGAUUCACUAUUGUGAUUCCAACCCGUGCCACUCUUCGGCAAAGUGCAUCGAUGUGCCUAGCGGCUAUGAGUGCGUCUGUACAAACGGCUUCAUAGGGGAUCCAUACCGCCAGGGCUGUCGCCAUCCCAACUCUUGUCCGCACGGGAACGGGGAUUGCCCUAGUCACCUUGCCUGUUACCCCGACCGUCUUGGUCAACCAAUGUGCCAAAACCCCUGCGACCAUUUCAAGUGCGGCUUGAACACCGCAUGCCGGGCCGAAGGCCACGCUGCCACUUGUGAAUGCCAGGUGCACUUCAGGGGAGAUCCAGCUGUGGGAUGCAGCCGUGAGUCUGUUGUCUGCCUGAGUGACCACGACUGUGCGUCUGGCUAUGCUUGUGUCGACGAGCAGUGCCGCCUUGUCUGCACCCGAGAAAGCGACUGUGCUGCCGGCGAGAAGUGCAUCAACAGCCGGUGCGUCCAGCCUUGCUUCUCCCACACGGAUUGUCCUCCAAAAGAAGCAUGCCUCAGCGCUGGUUACUGCCAAGUUGGUUGCAGAAAGAACAGCGACUGCCAGCACGAUGAAACCUGUUCACAGAACCGCUGCCAGAAUCCGUGCGAGAUCAAGGGCUUGUGUGGCCCCAAUGCAAUUUGCAAGGUCAUCAACCACGAAGCCAACUGCAAUUGUCCUGAUGGCCUUACAGGAAAUCCAACCCCUAUCAUAGGCUGCAAAAGGCCGGUGGUUACAUGCACAGGAUCUUGUCCCAAGGGCUUGUCAUGCAUAGAGAACAGGUGCCGAGCCGUCUGUAGUGGUUGCAUCAUUGGAGAAGCCUGCGUCAACGACUUCUGCAUGUCGGCAUGCUCUGGUGACAGUGACUGCCCGGCUGGAGAGCUCUGCAUCCACGGCUACUGCCAAGUAGGCUGCCGAUCAGACAGUGACUGCCAGGUGUACCAGCUCUGCUCGCUUAACCACUGCUCCUGCAAACCGGGUUUCCACACAGUGGAACAUGGCUGCGAAGAUAUUGACGAAUGCCUGAACAACCCGUGCCAUUCCACCGGCAUCUGUGAGAACACCAUAGGCAGUUUCGUGUGCCGUUGCCCCGAAGGAUUCAUCGGAGAUGGCUUCUCCGGGUGCACGAAUCCUGGCGAAUGCCCUAGAGGCGAUUCGGAUUGCCCGCUGAAUGCUGCCUGCGACCAGAAUGGCGUGACCAAGUGCAUAAAUCCUUGUGAAGAAGAGCCUUGUGGACCAAAUGCAGCCUGCACUGUGGUGAAUCACAAGAGACAGUGUGCUUGUCCUCGAAGUGCCCUGUACACCGGUGAUCCUUAUGACAAGAACAGAGGCUGUGUUCAAGUGGACUGCCUUCAUGACACGGACUGCCCAGUCAACCAAGAAUGUGUUCAUUUUGUUUGUGAAAGCCCUUGUGACAGGGUACAGUGUGGACCUCACGGUACCUGUACUGUUAAGGACCGCCAGGCCUUCUGUGAAUGCAAGUUGGGCUACGAGAACAACGGAAGACUCAACUGUGUUGAUACGGAUGAAUGCAAACAGCACCCGUGCCACUACACCGCCAUAUGUGAGAACAAUCCGGGAAGCUACAUCUGUCGAUGCCCUAGCAAUUUGAUUGGCGAUGCCUACGGAAAGCAGGGAAGCGUUGGAUGUCAUGAUCCAAACAUCUGUUAUAAUGGAAAUGCUGAUUGCCCUCCAACAUCAGCUUGUAUUGACAUCAAUGGAACACCAUACUGCAGAGACCUGUGUGAAGACCCAACGACAUGCGGCAUCAAUGCCAACUGUAGCACUGUUAACCACAGAGCUGUUUGCUCUUGUCGUCCUGGAUAUACAGGCAACGCAAAGCACCGCUGUGAGCUGGUUGAAUGCACGAGGGACGAAGAGUGCCGCAGCACCGACAUCUGCAUCCGGAACAAAUGCGUUGAUUCGUGCCAGAGCAACGCCAAGUGUGGCGUGAACACCAUCUGUGUCUCUCAGGACCACCAGGCAAUCUGUCGAUGCCGGGACGGUUUCCGCGGCAACCCCAGCACGGGAUGCAUAAAAAACAUUCCCUGCUCAAACGACAAUGGAUGCCCGAUUGGAGAAUUUUGUUACAAGGGGCUCUGCAGAGUCUAUUGCCAGUCGGACAGAGAGUGCGGCAGCAACGAAAUCUGCGAAGAUGGUAGAUGCAGAGAAAUUUGCCGGUCCAACAGCGACUGUCCUGACCAGUUCCGAUGUGUCACUGGCAACUGCGAGCCAGUUGACAGAUGCUUUACCAACACCGAAUGCACUGAAAACCAAGUUUGUAGGUCAAGUGAAAGAGGCUAUGACACUUGUGGAGAUCCUUGUGAGAACAUUCUUUGUGGCCGAAAUGCCAUCUGCAUCUCCAACAAGCACAGUGCCGUCUGCCAGUGUCUAGAUGGAUACGUUGGCGAUCCUCUCGAUCAAAGACAGGGCUGCAUCAAAGCCGACUGCUUCAAACAUGAGGACUGUCCGACGAGCAGGAUCUGUACUGAGCACAAGUGUGUCGAUCCCUGCAUAAUGAGGCGUGGCUGUGGAGCCAAUGCGGUCUGCGAAGCGAGAAACCAUGCUGCCAUCUGCCGCUGCCGAGAGGGCUACGAAGGCGACCCCGUGACCGGCUGCCAGCUGAUUGACUACUGUCUGAAGCAAAAUCCUUGCCACCCUACGGCAAUUUGUAAGAACAAGUUUGGUGGAGCCACGUGUGAGUGUCCACCGGAAAGGCACAUCGGAAACCCCAACAAAGCCCCAGGAUGCCGGCAUCCGAAUGAGUGUCCCAAUGGAGACUCAGACUGCCCGCCAACUGCGGCUUGUCUCUCGGAUGGUGGCGGACCGCCAAUGUGCAAAAGUCCCUGCGGCCUCCCCAACACCUGUGGUCCCGACGCCAUCUGUCGGGUGGAGAACCACAGGCCCAACUGCUUCUGUCCACACGGUUUCACUGGGCAGCCCUACAACAAUCUACAGGGAUGUGUUCGAAUUCCUCCAUUCUGUGAUGAUGACAGAGCUUGCCCAGCACCCAUGGUCUGCGAGAAACGCCGAUGUAGACCUCCCUGCUCAAAGAGGGACGAAUGUGCAGCCCGUGAGCUUUGCGUGGAUGGCCACUGCAUCCAAGGCUGUUUGCAAGACAAGGACUGCCUUGACAAAGAAAUCUGUUUGGACCGAAAUUGCAUUGUUGGUUGCCGGAAAGAUGAAGACUGCCGCUACAAUGAAGCCUGCGUUCUGAACAGCUGCAAGAACCCUUGUGACAGUCCAACAGCCUGCGGUACCAAUGCUGAGUGCCAAGUGAUCAACCACAGGACAGAAUGCCACUGCCCAAACAGAUUCACUGGAAACCCGCACAUCUCAUGCCAGCGAGUGUCAUCGUCAUGUCGAACUACGAGCGACUGUGGUGGAUACAACUACGCCUGCGUUGAAACAAGGUGUAGAGUGGAGUGCUCUUCCGAUGGUGACUGUGCGUAUGGAGAGCGCUGCUUCAACGAGAACUGCUAUGCCCUCUGCCGAUCAGACAGUGAGUGCCAGGAGGGAGAGGUGUGCAUUUCCAACAGAUGUCAAAUUGGAUGUCGCACUAAUGAACAGUGCUUGGACCAUCUCGCCUGCGUCAGCAACCAGUGCAGAGACCCGUGUGAAGGAAGCGCGACCUGUGGCCCCAAUGCAGAAUGCAAAGUGGUCAACCAUCGUGUCGUGUGCAGCUGCCCGGCCGAAUUCAUUGGCCGUCCUCAUGCCAAUGUAGCUUGCGUGCGGAAGCCGGUUCAUUGCACACAGAACCAGGAAUGCACUCCCGGACACAUCUGCUACUUGGGCUACUGCAGAGUGUCGUGCAGCAGCAACCAGGACUGUGCCUUGAACGAAAGGUGUGUGGAAAACCGGUGCCACGUUCAGUGCCAUCGCGACCGUGAGUGCUUUGACUGGGAGAUCUGCGAGAACAACUUCUGCAAAGUUGGUUGCCGUGCUGAUACCGAUUGUCCUACCGACCAGUCUUGCAUCAAGAACCAUUGCAUCAAUCCCUGUGAGGCGCCCACAGCCUGCGGAACGAAUGCCUUGUGUUCUGUUCGAACCCACCAGGAGAUAUGUAGCUGCCCGCCUGGCCUUGUGGGAGAUGCACACCUUGAAUGUGUCAGAGAAUCAAAGGAAUGCCAUGCAAAUGAUGAGUGUGGUCUUGGAGGUUACUGUGAAGCCACUAUUUGCAGAGUUGCAUGCAGCAGUGACAAUGAGUGUUUCAACAAUGAACGCUGUGUGGAGGAGAGGUGCAGCUUGAUUUGUACAACUGACACACUGUGUCCACGAAACCACAUUUGCGAAAGAGGAUUGUGCCUUCCCGGGUGCCGAUCUGAUCUCGAUUGUCCAGCUACGGAGACCUGCAUUAAUCGUCAGUGCUUGAACCCGUGUGCAAGCCCCACGGCGUGUGGACCCAACGCCCAGUGCCAGCCGGUCAACCACCGUGCUUACUGCACCUGCCGCUCGGGCUACACUGGCGACCCCCACGUAGAGUGUUCCAAGGUGGAGUGUGUGAUCGACUCUGACUGUGGUGUUGGAAAGAUCUGCCAGAACUACAGGUGCAUUGAGGGCUGCCGGUCAGACGUCAGCUGCCCAGAUGACAUGACGUGCAUCAGCCGCCAGUGUCAGAACCCCUGCCAGUUUGUCGGAGCCUGCGGCUUGAACGCUCAGUGCAAGACGGUCAACCACCGCCUCACGUGCACGUGCCCAACGCAGACUCUGGGUGACCCGUACACCGAGUGCUUGACAGAUCCCGACAUUUGCAGCCGGGAACAUGACUGUGGUCCAGAAAGGGCUUGUGAUAAUGGAAGAUGCAUAACCAAAGUCGAGUGUACCACUGAUGAAGAAUGCGCCCUUGGAAAAGUUUGUGAAUCGCCUCGGUGCUUCGAUGGUUGCCGUGGCGACCACAACUGCCCUGUCAACCAGGGAUGCUAUCAAGGCCAGUGCCAGAAUCCAUGCAGCGUUCGUGGAGCCUGUGGCAUCCAUGCUGACUGUGUUCCUGAGCAUCACCGUCCGCACUGUUUUUGCCCAGCCGGUUUCAACGGAAAUCCGCAGUUUGAAUGCAAGAAGAGUCAAGGCUGCCGGGUGAAUGAAGACUGCUUGCCUGGUCUGAUCUGCCUUCGCGGCCAGUGCUCUCCCUCUGAUUUCUGCGCUUCCGACAAUGACUGCAACAGAGGGGAGAUCUGCGACAAUACGAGAUGCGUUGCUGGUUGCCGAACGCACAGCGACUGCGACUUCUUCUUGGAAUGCCGAGACAAGUUCUGCCAGGAUCCUUGCAGACCGGGUGUCUGUGGCGUAAACGCGCACUGCCAGCCAAUCAGCCACUCGGCCGAGUGCCGGUGCCCGGCAAACUUUGAAGGAGACGCCAAGGUUCAUUGCAGGGAAGUGUCUGUUGAAUGCCACACGGACAAGGACUGUGGACUUGAGAAGAUUUGCAUCAGCAACCGCUGCAUUGUUGGCUGUCGCAUAGACGAACACUGUCCAUACGACAAAGCCUGUGUAGAAGGUGCCUGCCGCAACCCGUGCUACCAGCGGGGAACCUGCGGGAUCAACGCCCUCUGCCGACCGCAAAACCACCGGGCAACGUGCACAUGCCCCAGGGACAAAGUGGGUGACCCCAGAGUCCACUGCACCGUCCAGCCACCAACAACGUCCGUGGUGCGCGUCGAGUGCAGCGUCGACGAGCCCUGUGCAGACGGAUACAUCUGCCGCAACAGCGUCUGCGUCCUUUAUGGCUGCUCCACUGAUUCUGCCUGCAACCCUGGAGAAAUUUGUGAACAGAGGAAAUGCGUUGUUGGAUGCCGCAGUGACUCUGACUGCACCUUUGACAAGGCAUGUGUUAAUACUCAGUGUGUCAACCCUUGUGACAUUCAAAACUCUUGUGGCCGACAAACCGACUGUCGUCCAGUUGUUCAUCGACCACACUGUACCUGCAAGCCUGGAUACGAGGGCAACCCAUACGACUUCUGCAACAAGAUCGAAAUCAGGCCUCCACCGGAAUGCAUACACGACCAUGACUGCUAUGCCGGCAAGAUUUGCGAGGCACACAGCUGCAUUGAGGGAUGCCGCGGCGAUGCCAACUGUCCCUUCGACCGAGCCUGCAUUGGGCGGCAGUGCCACAACCCAUGCACUCCGGGAAUCUGUGGCAAGAACGCCAGGUGCCUCCCGAUCAGCCACAAGCCAAUCUGCGCAUGUCCGUCAGGACUCAGUGGUGACCCCAAUAUCGAGUGCACUGUGUCUCGCCAAGAAUUCUGCUUCCACGACAGGGACUGUCCCGUGGGCCGCAUCUGUGAGAAGGGAGCCUGUGUCGACGCCUGUCGCACCGACGAUGCCUGUGCCUAUGACAAAGCAUGCAUUCGCAACCGCUGUCAGAACCCUUGCAGUUUCACGGGUGUCUGUGGUGCUAACGCCGACUGUCGUGCAGCAAAUCAUCGCCCUAUUUGCUUCUGCCUGCCGGGCCUGACUGGAGAUCCUAAGAUCCACUGUGCUGAAGUGAGGGAAGAAGGUUGCAAACGAGACAGUGACUGCACCUUUGGCCAGAUCUGCGAGGAUGCCUGCUGCAUUGAUGGCUGCCGCACGGACGACCAGUGCUUGCCCAGCCAGUCUUGCCACCACAGCAAGUGUGAGAACCUCUGCCAUAUUCCUGGAACCUGCGGCAUUAAUGCGCUUUGCAUCAUUGCCGCUCAUCGACCAGUCUGUUCCUGUGAGAGGGGCUUCAUGGGUGAUCCCAAAAUUGAGUGCAGGCAAGUUCCAGCGGAGCCUGCAAAGGAAUGCCAUGUGGACACCGACUGUGCCCUGCGCCAUGUGUGUGAGAACCACAAGUGCAUAUAUGGUUGCAGGUCUGACGAGAGGUGUACAACCGACGAAGCAUGCAUUAAUGGCAUCUGUCAGAACCCAUGCGGCGUUUACGGAGCAUGUGGCCGUAAUGCCCUCUGCCGCCCCAUCAACCAUCACGCCGAUUGUUCUUGCCUGCCUGGUCACCGUGGCAACCCCAAUGUGGUCUGCUUCAGAGACGAGCCAAAGCCUGAAUGUACAAGAGACAAUGAAUGCUUGCACGGAUUCAUCUGUGACAACAACCGCUGCAUAGAGGGCUGCCGUCAUGACAAUAACUGUCCGAAUGAGAAAGCCUGCGUCAAUGGACAGUGCCACUAUGUGUGUAGCCUGCCAAAUAUUUGCGGUGUCAACGCGGACUGUCAACCACGCAAUCACCGUGCGCUCUGCUCGUGUCCAUCGGGCUUCCAGGGCGAUCCGCAGAUUGAAUGCAAAGAGAUUCGGGAGCCAGGCCCCUGCUUCCAAGACAAUGACUGUGCUGUCGGGAGCAUUUGCAGCACUGGCAACUGCAUUCCUGGCUGCCGCAACAACGAGAACUGCCCAUUCCUAGAAGUGUGCAUCCGAAAUGUCUGCCAGGACCCUUGCCGGGUUUACGGGGCUUGUGGCAUCAACGCCGUAUGCAAAGCUAUCAACCACGACAGAGUCUGCGCUUGUCUUCCUGAUCACACGGGAGAUCCAAAACACCACUGUGUGAAAGUGCUACCUCCACCUGAAUGCACAAGAGAUGAUGACUGCUACUCCGGACGUAUUUGUGAGCUUUCCCAUUGCAGAGUGGGCUGCCGAGCAGACAACAACUGCCCGCCAGACCUUUCCUGCAUUGACGGACAGUGUCAGAACCCGUGCCAGCGCAGCGCUGUCUGUGGCCGAGACGCUCACUGCUCUGCCGUCAACCACAGAGAGCUUUGCUCCUGCGAGCACGGCUUCACCGGAAACCCUGUUGUGGCUUGUGAAAAAGUUUCUGACGGCUCAUGCAGAAAGGAUGAAGAGUGCGGAUACGGAGAAAUCUGUGUAUCAUACAGAUGCAUAGAUGGCUGCCGUAACCACGACAACUGCCCGUUCGACAAGGCCUGCAUCAACGGACAUUGCCAAGACCCGUGCAGCCUCGGAGGCAUCUGCGGCAUCAACACCCAGUGCCGAGCUCUCUACCACGAAGCUUCGUGUGAAUGCUUGCCAGGUUACACUGGGAACUCUAAGGAACGCUGCAGUUUGAUUCCCCUUCCUGAAUGCAUCGAUGACCAUCACUGUGGAACUGGAUAUGUGUGUGUCAACUCAAAGUGCAAAGACAUCAACGAGUGUCUGCAUGGCCGUGGCCCAUGCGCACACGGUGCAACGUGCACAAACCUGCCUGGCAGCUACAAGUGCAGCUGUCCUAGCAACCUGGUGGGCGACCCCUAUCACGGACGUUGCCGUCAGCGCAUCCAAGGCUGUACACGCGACACUGACUGCAAGGACAACGAAGCAUGCAACACUCUUACAGAGCAGUGUUACGAUGCUUGUCUCAAGCCUGGCGUCUGCGGUCGGGCAGCCGAAUGUCGGGGUGUCAACCACCGACCUGAGUGCUUCUGCCCAAGUGGACUUCGAGGGAACCCCUACGUUGAGUGCACUAUCGCUCGGCCUUGUGCCCACUACCAAGAGUGUCCUGGAAACCUGCAGUGCCUUGGUGAUCGAUGUGGCUGUCCACGACCCUUCUGGCAGAAGAACUACUUCUGCAUCUUGACGAGUGUCAACUGCUCCACAACCAAUCCAUGCCCUGAACACCAAGAGUGUGUGUAUGAAGGCAGCUACACAGGCUUCUGUGUCUGUCCCAAGGGAUUUGCUCUCCUGCCUAAUGGAGUUUGCAGAGACAUUAACGAGUGUGAGCAACAUCCUUUCCCCUGUGCCCACGGCGCCCAGUGCUACAACAAUGUGGGCAGCUACCACUGUACGUGCCCUCCAGGAACUACGGGAGAACCCUUCAAUGCUGGAUGUGAGCCACCCAAGGGAGAAUGCACUCAUGACAAUGACUGCCCCAACAAUAAGGCUUGUGACAUUCACAUGCUGAAAUGUUAUGAUCCCUGCCUGGCACCUGGAGCCUGCGGAGAACACGCACGUUGCCGAGUGGUCAACCACAAACCUACCUGUGAAUGCCCUGCAGGAUACAGUGGAAACCCACGCAACUACUGCUUUAAAUUGGUUGGAUGCCCCCAUGAGUUCCACUGCCCUGGAAACCUGCUUUGCAUGGAUAGUGGCUACUGUGGCUGCCCACCAACUUUCCAAAGGAAAUACGACUUUUGCAUAGCUACCAGCCGGAACUGCUCAACAACAAACCCUUGCCCGAAAAAUGAAGAGUGCGUCUACACUGGCAGGCAGACAGGAUUCUGCGUGUGUCCUCGUGGCUACAGGCUGUUGCCCAACGGUGUGUGCAGAGACAUUGAUGAGUGCACAGAACUGACACCACCACCCUGCUCCAAGACUGCAAGCUGCAUAAACUUGCCGGGAACCUUCGAGUGCCAAUGUCCAGAGCUGACCCACGGAGACCCGUACAGGGGAGACUGCUUGCCCAGGGAGCCACCCAAGCCUAUUUGCACAACGGACGAAGACUGCCCCUUACACGAGGCCUGCGACCUCGGAAAGCAAGACUGCUAUGAUCCAUGUGUCCACGAUCCCUGCGGGUUCGAAGCUGUCUGCCGGGUUGAGAACCACAAGACCGUGUGUGUUUGCCCUCCAGGCUACAGUGGCAACCCACUUGCACGCUGUGUGCGAGUGGAAGUUUGUGGAGUCGACUACAACUGCCCUGGGAACCUCGUCUGUCUCUCAAGCAGCACGUGUGGGUGUCCACCAAACUAUGACCGUGUUGGAGAGUACUGCAUCGUGACAAGCAGGAACUGCACGACCACUAACCCGUGCUCUCAGAACGAAGACUGCAUCUAUGUCGGCCCACAAGAGGGCUUCUGUGUGUGCCCACGAGGUUACGAGCUCCAACCCAAUGGAGUUUGUAGAGACAUCAACGAAUGUGUCACAAUUCACAAUCCAUGUGCAACUGGAGCGAAAUGCGUCAACCUGCCAGGAAGUUACGACUGUGUCUGUCCCCCUGGCACUGUUGGAGACCCAUUCAUUGGCGGAUGCAAACGCAUUGAAGAGGAAUGCCGUACUAAUGACGACUGUCCUUUGGACAAGGAGUGUGACGUCAACACCCAUCAAUGCAUACCGCCUUGCCACGUUUGUGGCCCAAGUGCAUUGUGCACAGUCACAAACCAUGUCGCCAUAUGUGUCUGCCCUCCUGACCUUGUUGGCGAUCCAUUUGACAAGAUCCAUGGCUGCUACAGAGGAGUUCCUCCUCCACCUAGGACAGAGCCUCCCGGUCCAGAUAUUCCUCCUGGUGGCCUCGAUGUGAUGUGCUUAGCCGAUGGGGUUCAAGUGCUGGUUCAGCUGGACAGCUUCAACGGAGUCAUCUACGUGAAGGGUCACAGCCAGGAUGCCCAGUGCCGUCGCCUCGUGACCAGCAGCGAGCGCGAGACUGUCGACUUCAAGGUGCUCUUCAACACCUGUGGCCUGGUGCACAUCAACGGAGAAGCCUCCUUCGUGCUGGUCAUCCAGAAACACCCCAAGCUUGUAACAUACCGCGCCCGGGCGUACCACAUCAAGUGCGUCUACAACACUGGCGAAAAGACUGUGACCCUGGGAUUCAAUGUCAGCAUGAUUACUACAUCUGGCACAAUCGCCAACACGGGUCCGCCACCAACUUGUCAAAUGCAGAUCUGUACUGUGGACGGCAAAGAAGUCAGCAGUGCCGAAAUUGGAGAUGACCUGCUGCUCAAGGUCACAGUGCAGCCACACGAGAUCUAUGGUGGCUUUGCACGUGGGUGCAUUGCUAAGACCAUGGACAACGAAGAAGAGACCCAGUAUGAGGUGACUGAUGCCAAUGGCUGCGCCACCGAUCGGUCGAUCUUCGACAACUGGGAGUAUGAUCCAGAGAACAAGGUGCUGAUGGCACGCUUCAAUGCCUUCAAGUUUCCCAGCAGCAACAAUCUGCGGUUCCAGUGUAACAUUCGAGUCUGCUUUGGAUCGUGUCCACCCGUACACUGUGACGGUGUCGAUGCCUUUGGCCGAAGAAGGCGUCGUCAGGCACCUGGCACAGACCUGCAACUGGGCACUUCUUUCCAAGAAGGGCAGCUUCGAGAGGAAAUCAUGGUACAGUCGAACGCCAUCCUGACCUUUGAGAAGAAAGAGAGCCAGGUGGCACCCACUGCUGAAGCCGGUCCAGAAAUCGAGGAGAUUGACAGUGUCUGCCUGCCCAAGCUGGGUCUCAUCAUCUCCCUGGUGAUCACCACGCUGCUCGCACUGGUCGCCGUGGCGGUGGCCAUUUCCUGCUGGCUCAUGGCAUACCGGCGGCGAGCCAAGGCAGAGGGUCCGCUGCCGCACCCACCAGACUUUCCUAACCCGCUGUACACAACGCCAGAGCCCGUGGCGGAGCCCUCGCCUGACUACUAUCAGUCGUCAGUGCCCCCCAGCUUAAGGUAGGCCCGUCCCGGGGGCUCCCAUCUCUCCUCGAGAAGACCUGCCUGCGAAAGAGAAGCAAGCGAUUCGAGGCCCCCACACCACCCCCUUCCAACCAGGCCAAGUCAUUUUUUCAUAAACCCCAUCCAACAAACACCAGCCCACCCCCAUCUUUAUGUCAUGACUGACCGCAGCGCCAACCUGCUACCCGCAGUACCUCCAGCUACAAGAGCAGCACGUACACGUUUGGCACCGUCGGGCAUUGCUGCUGCUGUGCGUUCACUGCCUGUCACCGCCCUUUCUUCACGGCCCCUCGUCAGCAUCGUCGAGAGCACAAGAGCAUUCCUGCAGCGUAGUAACUCAGUGGCAGCCGGACUGCAGUUUGACGGGGUGUCAUGUGGCAUCUCUUUAAGGCGGGACUUAUCACAGCAGGGCAGAAACCCUUCUCCUCCUCCUAUGAAAAGUGCGUGCCAGGUGUUCACGGAGAAGGCAGGUUUGGCAGCGGAAUCAGUCGUGGUGCAUUACCCUACGGCACAGUGAGGUCGGGAACCGCGCUUCCCUGCACUUUUGUUGAUUCAUGGCAGCUACCCAGAGCAACAGCAACAACCUUGUGUGUGUGCAGGGAUGGACUCUAGAUUUUGUAUGUUGUGUGCUGAUGUUGAUUGUCAGUGGCAGCGGCGACGACACUGGUGUCUUGCCUGCCUAUAAAUGAAACCAUGUGCGGCACCUGCCGGUGUAACUUCCCAAGUAACUCAGUUUCACAGGGUGCGUGUGUGUGCAUGGAAUUUGUGUGUGUGCAUCUUAUGUCUUGCAGAUGCGGUGCAUGCCUGUGGCGGUACAGCGUCGUCUGCAUCGGGUUCACUGAUGUGCCAAACAUCCUUGCUACUACAGUUAUAUUUUUGUCCUUGCGGUCAGAGGGCAUGCAGGCAGCUUUAACGGGCCCUUUGCAUUUACAGAUAGCCAUUAUAAGGUGCUGGACAUCUUGUAGAAACAUUAAUAUGUGUUUUUGGAACUUUGCGUCCACAACUGGUUCAGAAGUCUUUUUGUCUUCUUGACAGCGAUUUGAAGCUUGCUAAGUUGGCCUCAGACUAGCUGAACCGUUUAGUCUCCUGUAGUUUUUUUCUUCUGAAGGUAUGCCUUUCGACUGAACCGAUGCGGCAACAGUCACUCGGAGCUACCACAAGUGACAGACGUUCUGGUCUCUCCUUUCCGUGUCGUCCGAUAGGAUGCGAGCAUGAGUUUGUGAAGCUGAGUUACUCAGGAACCCUGUGUCAUUCUGGUUGGAAGAAAAAUAACGGAGAUGGUGCUUCCUUGUUUCGAGUGUAUUCUGGGGACAGGGUGACACUUUCACGUGUUGCGUGCUUCUCUUGUGGUGCUGGCUUUUCGAAUGUGGCUUGUCUCCCCGCCAUCACUUCAAAAACCAUGCCAACGUAACACCACUUCCUCGUAAGCAGUCACAAGCCCGACAAGCUCCAGGCUUUUAAAUGACCUUUUAAUGCAUUGCACUGUAUGGUCAGUGACUGUGAUUUGCAGCUGAUCUUGGGGCGUUCCAUUUUUAAGUUUCAGCAAGCAGCUAUGUGGCAUGCCUAUGAAGUGUAUAGGUUUUAGGCUUGUCACUCAAGUUUUCAAAGUUGCGCUUCGCAGAUACUGAAAUCUUUGAUAAACCCACAGAAUCAGUGUCUUGUGACUUUCAUUGCAACAUCGACUGCCACGCCAUAGUCGUGCGCUUUGUGAUGUUCUUGACGCACAAGCUCAGAGGGUACUGUUAAUGUGCACUCUGUUGUAAUCUUUUUCCAACGCUUGCUAUUGUAUCAACUGAAACCGAGGAAUCUUGCUUCUUACCACUUCGUCAUUGUGUCACGUCGGCAGGUUAUUCUGCCAGGGGGACCCAAGCCACAUUUGACGCAGCCCGUCGUCUGUUUGUUAUAAUUGCCAUUAUGUGUUUACUCUUUUUUUUUUACCAUGUGUGUGUAGAUCGUACUUGCGUGUUUUAUUUAAAUACUAUUUGAGGAUAUUAACAACAGACAACAACUAGUACUGUUCCUUUGAAAGACCUUGGUCGUGCUUUCUCUAUGUGCAUUUUUUUUUUCUUCCACUUCCGUCUUGAAUCAAACGCGCGCACACAGACACACAAAAACGGUGAAUAAAGCGAAGAAGCAUCAUAGAGUAAAUGCUAUUUUGCUGUGAUAAAGGAUCCUGUGUCUUCUGCCUUUUUUUAUCUCUCUCUUUGUAAUGUUUUGCCUCGUUUCCCAACUUUUCAUUUAAUAAUUCUCGUUCUACACAGACUCCACAACUGCCAGCUUUCACUCACAAUAUUUUUUUUUUCUGUUCUGUUGAAAGCUAUUGUGGUGACUCGGCCACAUUAUAUAUGAACAAAGACACAAAAAAGGACUAGGGACUGGUCCCAUCCUUUGGCAGCUAUUUUUUGUUUGUAUAUUGUGGCAAAGUUACCGGUGACGUUUCACGACUUGUAAGUCAUAGGCACUGAGAGACUAUGAGCACAUCUUUGCACUACUCUUUUUCUAUUAACUGUGGUGCCAAAUUUGAUUUUUUUUUUCUCCCCAAAUUUGAUAGAUUAACUUUCUUUUCUUCUUGAUGUGUAUAAAUAGGUUGCAUGAAGUGCCCAAUUUAUGACAAUUAUAGAUCCUGUUAACAGAAUGUGAACUAUUUAAAAGGGCUGUGUAAAUAUGUGUUCUGUCUCUCAGCAGUAAUCUCAUGUUUUUUUUUUUCCUCUUUUCUGGUGUGUACGAUCACGAUAGCGAUGUCACGUCUAGUUCUUUUUUUUUCUUUUCUUUGAACUCUAACACACUGCCUGAAUGCUUGUGCAUAUCAUCUGCUUACAAAUGGCACAGCAGCCUUGUGUUUUUUUUAAAUAAAGCAGCCUUACAGCAAUGAAACGCCAUUUUUACAUGCCUUAAAACAUUUGCUGUUUUACUUUUUAUCUUCUGUGUAUUUUCACUUCUGCAAUAAAGCACAUAAUUUUUAUUAUGA